CUGGAAAUAGCAGUAGAUAUUUUGCGACUUUGAUCAACGAAUAAUUUUCGAUUCAGGGUAUACGAAUUAAUUAUAAAAGUUCGUGAGUAAAAUCGUCGCAUCCACUAGUCUACCAGACGGAUAAUACCUUCAGAAUAGUUUUCCGAUGUCGGGCUCGGCGAAUUUCCAGCGCUUAGAUAUUUGUGACACAUUCUCUAGGUUUUGCCUUUGAGCUUGUUGUCAGCGCAUCCCAUAUAAUUAAAAAAAAUAAAACCAACAUGACGGAGGACAUGUUAGGCUCAGACAUUUGCCGAGUCUGUCGCUCUGAGGGUUUGGCGGAUAGACCGUUAUUCCAUCCUUGUAUAUGCACUGGUAGCAUAAAAUGGAUACAUCAAGAGUGCUUACUGCAGUGGAUGAGAUACUCAAGGAAAGAAUAUUGCGAGCUAUGCGGAUACCGUUUUUCUUUCACACCUAUUUACAGUCCCGAUAUGCCAAGACGUCUUCCUCUGAAAGAUGUUGUUGGGGGGCUUCUGUCAAGUAUUGUCACAGCUGUCAAAUAUUGGUUACAUUACACCCUCGUAGCCAUAGCAUGGCUCGGAGUAGUUCCACUCACUGCCUACCGUACUUACAAGACUCUAUUCAGUGGAUCUCUAGAUUUAGUCCGGAUUAUGUCACUGCCUGUGGACAUGCUAUCAACAGAGAAUCUGUCUUCGGAUGUGUUUGAUGGGUGCUUCGUUGUCAGUUGUACGCUGUUUGGCUUCAUCGGAUUGAUUUGGUUGCGGGAGCAAAUACUACAUGCUGGCGGACCUGACUGGCUUGAAAGGGACAAUGUUCAGCUACCACCGGUAGAUAAUCCUCCUCACAGGGAUGUUCAGGAUGGCCAACAGCACCAAGAUCAGCCUGCAGCCAACCAGCCACAAGUUCAAGACAAUAAUAAUGUACCUCCUUUUGUAGAAGACCCGCCACUUUUGCGGGAGAGAUUGCCGCCUAUUGAAGAAAAUGAACUCGAAAUCGAGCUGGAUCCAGAUAUAGGCGAAGAGCUGCUGAAUAAUGGCGAUCCACGUCCUCUACAGAAUCCUGAAAACCCAGAAAUUGGGGAAAAUGAUGCAAUCAAUCCACCUGGGGUUGGAGAACCAGAUCUUGCAAGAAGAGAAGACGAGCCAUUUCCUCCAAGAGAUGAGCCUGGAAUCGAUGGCGCCCAGCCUAAUGUACAGGCUGGCGGAGGUUGGCGUGCCCAAGGACAAGGUCAGGGAGAAGCUGAAGAGGCAAAUUGGAAUCCAAUGGAAUGGGAUAGGCCUGCAGAAGAGUUGACGUGGGAACGUCUGCUUGGAUUAGAUGGCUCUCUCCUUUUUCUCGAGCAUGUUUUUUGGGUCGUUUCAUUGAACACUUUGUUCAUACUGGUGUUUGCAUUCUGCCCUUAUCACAUUGGCCAUAUCACAAUAGCGUGGAUAGGUCUGCAGGAACAUGUGACAGCAUCACACUUCGAGGGUCUAGUUACGACACUUUGCGGCUACUGCGUCAUUGCAGUUUCCAUGGUAGUUCUACACACGUUAGCGGCGCUGCUCGGUCUGCAGCGAUCACAGAGAGUUCUUGGCCUUUGUUAUGUGGUGGUAAAGGUCUCCUUACUCUCUGUUGUUGAGAUAGGAGUGCUGCCAUUGGUGUGUGGCUGGUGGCUGGACAUUUGCUCGCUUGCAAUGUUUGACGCCAGUCUUAGAGACAGAGAAUCUGCGUUCAAAUUGGCACCUGGAACAUCGAUGUUUAUCCACUGGCUCGUAGGAAUGGUCUACAUUUAUUACUUCGCCUCAUUCAUCUUAUUGCUUCGAGAAGUAGUGCGACCUGGAGUUCUGUGGUUUUUAAGAAACUUGAACGAUCCCGAUUUUUCACCCAUACAAGAGAUGAUCCAUCUUCCACUGCUCAGACAUGCCAGGAGACUUGUCGGAUCUGCCGUGAUAUUUGGAACCGUUGUCCUUCUCAUGCUUUGGCUACCCGUUAAAAUCUUGAGAUGGGCUUGGCCAGGUUUCCUUCCCUACACUGUCACCGUUCAGAGUGAAGCACAGGUUAGCGAACUUUCAUUGGAGUUAUUGUUGCUGCAAGUGAUCCUUCCCGCACUGCUGGAGCAGUCGCACACCCGUACCUGGUUAAAGGCUUUGCUUAGAGGUUGGUGCAAGGUGGUGGCUUGGUUUCUGGAUCUCCAAUCUUACCUACUCAGAGACCAGAGCAAUGAACCAGAACCAGCGGUGAUCGACGAACCCCAGCAUCCUCACUUAGCUGCAGCCCACCAAGCUCUCGUGCAGCGUGAAAGACCAGUUGGUUUCCAACCAUAUGUUAAACCCCGUUGGUUUCCUGCCAGGCUAAUCGGCCUUCUACUCUGCGUUUGCAUAUCUCUGGUCGUUGCAAGUUUGGUGGCAAUGACCUUGCCUGUUUGGUUGGGGCGUCGCGUAAUGGCUGUUUGGAUGGUUGGAGCACCUGCUCCUUCCCCACCUGUGAUUAUACCAGCUUUAGCCGCAACUGAUGGAGGGGAGAUUGUGGUAACGCUCUCUGGGAGAGUUCACGAAGUAUAUACCGUAGCCUGUGGCACUUAUGUCUGUUGGGCCGCGGCUCGGGGAUUGGCUCUUGCUUUAUCCUGGCUUCCAAGAGGUCGAAGAGCAGUUUUUGACAGAAUCAAACACUGGGCAGUACUGGGACUCAAGGCUUCCGUUGCGUUCGUCCUCCUAGUGGGUGUUAUACCACUGCUGUUUGGUCUGCUUCUGGAGCUGGUGGUAGUCGUGCCGCUGCGAGUCCCCUUGGAACAAAAUCCCAUUUUAUUCGUAUGGCAGGAUUGGGCGUUGGGGGUGCUUUACACAAAGAUAGCAACGGCGGUGAUGAUGAUGGGGCCCGAAUGGCGACUUCGUCUUGCAAUUGAGAGGGCAUACAAUGACGGUAUUAGAGAAAUGGAUUUGAAAUUCGUUGUUACAGAACUAGCGGCUCCCGUGAUUUGUUGCUUUGGUCUCGCUCUGACGAUCCCAUACGCGGUAGCCCACAGCAUAAUUCCAUUAUUCGUUUCAAACUUACAAACACAAAUUUUGAUCGCAAGACGUCUCUACCCAUUUUUACUCUUGGUGAAUUUGGUUUGCAUAGUUAUAAGUUUCCAGGUCAGACAAUUCAAAAAACUUUACGAACAUAUUAAAAAUGACAAGUAUUUGGUUGGACAACGUCUCGUUAAUUACGAACAUCGUAACAAAGCGCAACAACAGCAGAGAUCUAGCUAACGCUAUGCUUCCCAUACGCGUAUAGUGAACAGCAACCUAGGCUAGCUUCGUGUACAUUCUUAAUCAAGUAAAGAAACCAUAUUAUUCAAUUAUUAAAAUUCGUAACUUACGUUAAAUAUGUUUCAAUUUCUAAUAUUCUUAAUAUAUUUAUGUAAGCGGAUCUAAAUAAAUCACAAAGACUGUU